GCGCUUUUCCUGCUUUUCACUCUUCGCCACGACUCUCGCCAUCAUUCUCGGGCACAAGAAUCCGGAACCAACAGUUGCUCGCUGUCACGGGAUUGGGUUUUCUUGAUUCUGAGGAUCAUUUUUUGGCAAUCCCAUUUUGGCAGAUGAGAGGUUGGCUGUAAGAUUUGAUGGAGAAAAAACAAUUGGAUUUGGAUGCUCCACUGCUAUCUGUGAGGCGAUUUUCGUCACCACUGAGGUUGUCGAAUGGAGUAAACAAGAAGAAAGUUGAGAAGUCAUUGCCACAUAAACAGAAUUCUCUUCCUUCGUCUAAAUCAGACUGGGAGUUAGGUGAGGUAGCUAAACCUGCUGCUGUUCCUUUUGUGUGGGAGCAGAUUCCUGGAAGACCAAAAGAUGGCGGUGAGUCUGAGGCUCCAUCUCCGGUGGAGCCUUCAAAUACACCAAGGCUUCCUCCGGGGAGGUCGGGGGAAAUUCCAAGGCUUCCUCUAGGAAGGUCGGGAGAACUUCCAAGGCUUCCUCCAGGAAGGUCAGGGGAACUCCCGAAGCUCCUUUCUGAAGAACCACGUUGGAAUGAUAUGGCAACAUUAAUCGAGAGCUUGAACAAGGAAUUGGAUAAAGAAGGGAACUGUGCCUCGGAGAUUGAAAAUGAUGAAUACUCUGAUGCACUUGACAAACUGUCACUGACAGAAUCAGUGUCCAUGAACUGUAGUAUAAGUGGUCUGAGUGGAUUCGGUAUUUCAGAUGCAAAACUGUCCGGAAUAUUUUCUACGGAUGUACAAACUCGAGAUUUUAUGAUGAAUCGCUUCUUACCCGCUGCAAAGGCUAUGGUUUUGGAUGCACCUCAGCAUGUUUCGAAGAAGAAACGUACGCCUGUGGCACCUGAACAACCUAAACUGGUUAGCAAGGUGGUUAGCGCCCACAGGAGUCCUCUCCUCGAUCAGCACAGGCCUGGCAUAGUACCGGGUUACCGACAGUAUGCUGGGGACAUAGAAAGUGAAGAUGAAAAUCAUGAGUACUACGAUUAUGGAAAAAUAUCAAUGAAAACUCGUGGAUUCUUUUCUCGUUUUUGCUUAAAGAAUUCAUUGUGCCUAUUAAAUCCAGUUCCAGGGAUCAAAGCCAGGUCCCAGCCUCGGAAACCUCCUGUUAAAGAAGUCAACAGACUGAACAGAACUGCAUACAGCGGACCUCUGACUCAAAAUGCCAAUAAGCAUGUCGAGAGUGCUGCUUAUAAGAGAAGCACAAAUUCUGGAGCCCGAUCACAGGAGCUGUAUAAGGUCAAUACUAAGUUGACCAGCGAACCUCCUCGUUUAAGUUACUCUGGUGACUUGCGCAUGAUUCGUGGGCCAUCUCCAAACAGGGGUUUUAGCAGGGGUGGCAUAUCUCCCUACCGAAAUGAAGCACCCCAGUCUCCCUUUUAUGGAAAGAAGAUGGUUCGUGCAACCAAUGGCUUUGAGGUUGCCAAGGCUAUUAAAGGCUGUAACAACAUUCAGGAUACAUCCGGCCAUCAAAGAUACAAGCAGGUUUCUGGCUCAACGACUCCCGUAGAAGAGAAAACAUUGUACAUAGAUUAUGUAAAUACCAAAGCAGUUCCAACUUCAAAAUCAAUUUCUUCUAGAGCCAAGACCGAGAAUCUCAAUGACAUUGCCGGCAAAGAUUUUGCUUCUUCUGAUGAUAUUAAGGUGGAAGGAGCUGCAACUCGCAAAGCAUAUGUCCACGAAGUAAGAUCCUCAGAUAUUUUGGACAAAGGGAACAAACCUGUGGCUUCAGGGUCAUUUCGUGCUGAUAAACUUCGUUCUGCUAGAACAUCCAAUCCCAGACGCCAUUCAGACAGAAUGGAUAACUCGACACGUGAGCAAGGUCCGCAGGACCAACAAUUGAGUUCCUUGGAUAUGGGUAGCUCAAGAUUGCAUUCCAAUGAAAAACAGGAUACAAGAAACGAACUUGUUCUAAAAGUAGUUGAUCAAGCUAGUCCUAAGGUCGGUUCUCCACGUCCCCCUCCUUUACCAAAGUCGCCUUCUGAAUCUUGGCUCUGGCGCACCAUCCCAUUGCGGCGUCCAUCGUCGCAGUCACAAUUUGAUCCCAGCAAGCAGCCCCACGACAGCAACGCCAAGUGGGAGACCAUUGUGAAAACUUCUCACGUUCAUCAUGACUAUGUUCGCUAUUCAGAGGAACUUAUCCCUCACGUCUCUCAGCACUCGAAAACUUAGACGUGGAGAGAGAUCCCUGAUGAAAACUUGAAUUGAAUUGCUGCUCUUACUUUCCAAACUUUCUAUUCUUUUAGAAGUAGGGAGUUCAAAAUUUUCUGCAUUUUUGGAGUGUCUUGGGUUUCCACUGUCCUUAAUUUAGUUGGUUGGGUUGAUCAAGUGUUGUUUUCUAAGUUCGCUGAAUCCAAGGUUGAUCGCUCUGAUGCGGGAAUAGGAGCAUGAAGAUGUUCAUCUUUGUAACUAACAUGUUCCGUCAUAUAUGGCACACGGUUUCUCAAGUGAGUUUCUACUUUUACACUCUCAGAAGCAACUUAUUAGGGUCUUAGAAUAUACUAUCAGAUUAUAUAGUGUGACUAAAACACAUUGAUUAGUUGAGUGCACCCAUCUGUUUGUUUUUCUGUCAUUUUUUGUUGGCAAUGAAAGAGGCCUCAUGACUGAUUCCACACCAAAUGCGUUAUGAUCUAGAACUGGGAUUUUUUUUCUUGUUUUGAAUUUUCUUUACUUUUUACAAAUCUUACUUCCAAACAUUGAGUUGAAUGGUUAGGCUUGUUGCAAGUGUAUUAUUGUAUAAGCAUUAAGAAGAGUUAGAUGUCUUGGGUAAAUAUCACCACCUUUUUAUGGAAAACAAAUGUAUGAUGCUUUCAUGGUGGAAUCACAGGGCUAAGCUAUGAAAUGUUGGAGAGAUUUUCAAAAGAAUGGUUGUAACCUUUUACUUGUAUAGGAAGAGAUCCAAGUCAAGGAAUUAGAGGUUAUAACUUUUCAAAUUUUAUUUACACACAUGAAUGGUUGUAACCUUUACUAAAGAGUUGUGUUUCACUUGUUUUAAAUUUUAUUUAAGUGGUUAUAACCUUUGGUGAAAGGAUGUACUUUUGUUAAAUAGUUGUAACAUACAAGAAUUAAUUAUAACCUUUUGUGAAUGAUUGUAACAC